AUGCAGUCUUCCAGGCUAAAUAUCCUCUUCAUCGUCUUUGCUCUCCUACACAUUGCACGUGGCUUUAUAUUUGGUCCUGAUUUGUUUGGCGGUGGUCUUAUGGCUACCGACACUGGAGCUGGAUCGAUGGGCGGCAUGGGAGGUUUAAUGGGCGGAGCAAUGGACGGAUCGGCAGGAUUCGCUAUGGGUGGAACGGAAGGUGUAUUUGGAAGUGGAAUGGGAAUGACUGGAGGAGGCAUGGGUGGAAUGGAUAGUUUCUUUGGAAGUGGAACAGGAGGAACUGGAGGCACCAUGGGUGGAUUCGAAGGCAUGAUGGGGUUAGGAAUGGGUGGCGCAGGAAAUGCUAUGGGUGGAAUGGAAUCUUUGUUCGGAGGACCAAUGGGAGCCGAAAUGGGCGGAAUGGGCGGAAUGGGGAGUUUACUUUCAGGCGGAAUGGGGACUAAUAUGGGAGGCACGGGUAUGGCGAGUAUGUUUGGCCAACUCGGCCAAGGACAAAAAAAGCCAGUUACCAAAAAAUGCAUGUCGCCAAUGUGGCUUAAGUAUUGCAAAUGUCACUUCAUGUGUCCGAGAGGACACGUGAGCUACGGAAACUGUGAAGAUUACAAGGAAAAUUCUUUUCUGCCUACCAUGUGUUGUCCAGAAUCGGUACAUUACGCAUGCGUUGGAUUUGAAUUUUAA